GGGGACUCUCUAAGGGGGAGGAAACUGGGUGUUGCCCGUUUUUUUACGUCGUCUGAAUUCAAGCAGCAGCAGCAGCAGCACAUAAGGAGAUUGGAGUUCAGUCUGCGCGAGCUCUGCGGAACGGCGGCUUCAUCGAGACACUUCUUCGUUAACCGGCUUUAAAAACAUCCUCCAAUAACCGACACCAUGGGCGUUGAAGGCUGCACGAAAUGUAUCAAAUACAUGCUCUUCUUCUUCAAUUUCAUCUUCUGGCUGGCUGGUUGUGUAAUCUUGGGGGUUUCACUCUGGCUUCGUCAUGACACUAAAACAAGCAGUCUUCUGGAUUUGAGGUAUCAGGACACUGAACCACCCAGCACCUUCUAUAUCAGUGUCUACAUCUUGAUUGCUGUUGGUGCUGUGAUGAUGUUUGUUGGAUUCCUCGGUUGCUAUGGAGCCAUACAGGAAUCCCAGUGUCUUCUCGGAACAUUCUUUGCCUGCCUGGUCAUUCUGUUUGCCUGUGAGGUUGCUGCUGGAAUCUGGGGAUUCAUGCACAAAGACAAGAUCUCCAAAGAGAUGAUCACUUUCUAUGACUCUGUGUAUGACAAAGCCUCAAAUGCAGGCUUAAAUGAUGAGCAAAAGCAGACUGCCAGUGGAGUCUUGAAGGUCUUUCACGAGACUCUUCAGUGCUGUGGCAAAGGAGGCGUAUUUGGAUUUGCUGACAAGCUGUUCUCAGACGUGUGUCCUGGAGAUUUGAAAAUUAAUGCUGAAAACUGUCACAGCAAGAUCAAAGACCUUUUCACAGAGAAGAUCUACCUGAUUGGCAUCGCUGCCCUGGUUGUUGCUGUAAUCAUGAUCUUCGAGAUGAUCUUCAGCAUGGUGCUCUGCUGCGGUAUCAGGAACAGCCCUGUUUACUAAAACACGAGCAAGAUAUGUCCUUUAAAACAUCAGCCAAAAAAAAAAAUCAUUUUGUUUUUAUAUCUACCAUCUCCUAUUUUGUUUUGUAUCUUCCAUCGUUUUAUAAUAUAGUCACUCUGUCCAGUUCCUGAAGUCUCAGAAGAAUUUUUGUGCAUUUUUGUUCAUAUGUGGCAGUGGAACCAUCAACAACUAGUCUGCUAUUGUUUACGCUGUAGUUGGCGAUGACUAGUUGCGAUCUGUAGCUAUAGCAGUAGACUUGUAAACACACACACACACAGUACAUUAUCACAUGAAGGAUGGAUACAUUUAUUUGCUUGUAGUUUUUUUUGUGUUAACUGUUAAGUACUGCUAUUGCUAUAGGUUACUAUCAUCCUUUUCGUAUGUACAUGUAUAAACUGUAUAUAUUUGCAGCCCUGUAUGGCUGAAUAAGCAUGAAUCUCGUAUUGAACUAUCCUGUCCAUCUUCCUCUCUUGAGACUGCUGCUUGUAUGUACACGUUUCUUCUUGAGAAACCACUAAAUAAACAGUGUUAGCUAGGUGAGAGAGAAAGUCAGAAUACAGUGGUUAUUGGAAGUGAGAAUGCAAAGAUUUAACAAUGUUUAAAAGCCCGGAUAUACUUCAUUUUUCGCGAUCUGCACCGUUUAGCGCACAGUUGAGCGAUCAAGUACACUCUAUUUACAGCGCGCGUGCACUGCCUACCUAUUGGACCUCAAAUCGCUCGCGCGGACACAAAAAUCCGGUUACACGCGGACAAGGGAAGUAUACUUUACAGUGUUGACGAGCACUACGUUUGCUUCUUACACUGUAUGCCAUUCAGUAGAGCUCAUUCGGUGCAAAACUUAAAGAUAUAUUCCGGGUCCAGUAGAAAUUAUUGUCAGUUGACAGCAAUUUUGCAAAUUAACUGUCCCUCAUUUUCUUCGAAAGCAGCAACAAUCUGGGUUACAUUGAAGUACUUACAAUGGGGGUGAAUGGGGCUGAUUCGUAAAAAUUUAAAUACUCACUGUUUCAAUAUUAUAGGCACAAGACGAGAAUAUGCAUGCGGACAUGAUUUUAGUGUGAAAACCUUUUUUUUCUGUGCAAAGAUAUAUACAAUUUUACAACUUAGUUGCCAUUAGAAAUUAAAUCUAAAACCUUAAAAUGACCGUUAAAAUUAUUAGAACUACUUUAAACUUUUUAACAGAAACAUUAGUGAUUUUAUGAAAGUACACAAGCUUCACAUUUCUGCAGAAAUGUGCCUGUUCACUUCCAUUUUGAGUGUCUCGUAACAGGAUUAGUUUCUGUGGCAACAACAGGCCACAAAUGCUGUCAGCUGAGCUUAAUUUGUGAAUUGUAUUGAACUUGGAAUAUUCCUUUAAUGACAGAAAGAGUACUGAUCUAUGAUCAUUUUCUCUUGCAACAUAGAGCUCCUAAUGGCUACUACAAUCUACUAUCUUUUUAUGCUCUAUCAGACUAAUAUUAUGUAAUGUAUUUUCCUGCAUGCCCGUCAUACAAGGAGUUGGACAUGUUAAGAAAUACUGCCACCAUCACUUAAGUUCUGCCUCUCUUUACACUUUACAGUGAUCACAGCCAUGGAGAGGAUUCAUACAUACCUACUAGCCUUAUAAAUUAAACACCCUAUCCCUUAGUCACUUAGAUAGAAAAUCCAGAUUGAUUCCUAAUGGAAUUGUCUAUGCUGUCAUAGCUGUAAUGAGUAAUAUCACUCAACUGAAAAAGUUUGUGUGAAUGAAAAUGUGUGAUAUUUGUUGACAGUGAAUUCAGAUGGACAGGCUUGAAUGGUUAUAGAAGCUAUUUACUCUUCACUGCCACCUUUAUCACAGAUGUAGUUGCUGUAAUACCUUGCCACUUUCACUAGGUGGCGCAAAGACUAUUCACUUUGACAACUGGUGAUUACACCCUUUCUAUGCCUGUGUACAUGUCUAUCAUGCACUAAUUCUUCUAGACCGCACUAAUAUGAAGCGCCCCCAUCAUUGAGGUAUAAAUACAUCAGAUUUGUGAUUUAGGCUAGUACAUGCAUUAUGCAACCCUGUCUUGUUAACACAUAUUGCCUAUGCUGAUAUGCUUAAAAAGUGUCUUGUACAGCUAUAUAGUAUACUAAUUACGAUGUAAAGACAAUGUAUGCCUUUAAUUGUGGUAUCUUUUUCCUGGUACUUGUCAAAAAAAAAAAAAAAAAAAAAAAAGAAGAAGCUCAGCAAUGAUUUUAGUUGAAGCAUGUAAGAAUUUUAGGGGGUCCUGAUAGGUCGAGCAUGAUCUUCUAACUAUUCAAUAUUAUGAAGGCAAAACAGUUGUUUAUGAAAAUAACUUAUAGUUAAAACACAUUAUGGUAUUUGAAAACUAUCAAAUAUAACCUUUGUGUUGUAAGGAUCUCAUACUUGUUUGAUACCCAAAUUGACAGCUGUCACUCAAAUCUCUUUACCCUAAUGCACCAAUUAUAGAUUUUGGUCUGGUUUUGUUGCCCAAAUAUUCAGGAAUUAAAUGUAUUUUACAAAUAA